CAUUGGAAGAGCGGCUGGCAGCUCUGACACUUCCCAAUGAUGAAUUCUUGGCCUCACCUACCGAGGAGUAUAACAUUGUCGACCGCACCGUUAGCGAAGACCCCUACGUCUGGCGCGCACGACACCUAAUCCUUUAGUAUCCAAAGUCUAGGUCUUCUUCGAUCGGCUCCCAUAGCCAGCCAGGUAUCCAACCUCUGUCUAGCCCGUCUUUCAGCCGCUCCAUGACAUCUCUCACCCUCUGCGGCGGCGGUGCCUCGACGGGGACUGCUGGUGCCGGCUUGGUUACCGGGCAGACUGAAGGUAUUCCUUUCAUUGAGCAUCAGCGCGCUCGCAUUCGAGGCCGCUCCCGCUGCCGAUACGCUGUGGGUAGGCAGGACUUCGGUGUCGCUAUCGCGUCUCGGACGCUUGGGAAACGGUGGUGCGCGUCGACAUUGUAUAGGAACAGGGCAUGGAGGUCGCACGCUUCCGCUUCAGCGAUGGGUGGUUCUCAGGCGUCGACGGCGGUGAGAGAGCGUUCUUGCGGGCUGGAUCCAACUUUCCAAGCGUAAUGUCUUUACAGCGGCAAUUAAGGGCGACAAUGGCGGCGUCAUAGCCAUAAUAGUCAGGCUGUUUAGUGAUUACCUACAUGCUAGGUCUGA